AACUAAGCAUCAUCAAUAACCAUCCUCUUCAUUUUCAAUAAAGCUAUUCGUUUGUUUAACUUAGUUGCCAGUAAAAUACUAAAUGGCUUCUUCAACAAUGGCUCUCUCUUCUCCAUCAUUGGUUGGGAAGGCAAUCAAGCUUUCCCCCUCCACACCAGCCCUUGGCAUGGGAAGAGUGACCAUGAGAAAAACAACCACCAAGAAAACGAUUCCUUCUGGAAGCCCGUGGUACGGUCCAGACCGUGUCAAGUACUUGGGUCCAUUCUCUGGUGAAGCUCCAUCCUACCUUACUGGCGAGUUUCCUGGUGACUAUGGUUGGGAUACUGCUGGACUCUCUGCUGACCCAGAGACAUUUGCCAAAAACCGUGAACUUGAGGUUAUCCACAGUAGAUGGGCUAUGUUGGGAGCCUUGGGAUGUGUCUUCCCCGAGCUCUUGUCCCGCAAUGGUGUCAAAUUCGGCGAGGCUGUGUGGUUCAAGGCAGGAUCUCAAAUCUUCAGUGAGGGUGGUCUUGACUACUUGGGUAACCCAAGCCUAGUCCAUGCACAAAGUAUCCUUGCUAUCUGGGCUGUCCAAGUUAUCUUAAUGGGAGCUGUUGAGGGUUACCGGAUUGCUGGUGGACCUCUUGGUGAAGUUGUCGACCCACUCUACCCAGGUGGUAGCUUCGACCCAUUAGGCCUAGCUGACGACCCAGAGGCUUUCGCUGAAUUGAAGGUGAAGGAACUUAAGAAUGGUAGGUUAGCUAUGUUCUCUAUGUUUGGAUUCUUCGUGCAGGCUAUUGUGACCGGAAAGGGACCUCUUGAAAACCUUGCUGAUCACAUUGCUGACCCUGUCAACAACAAUGCUUGGGCCUUUGCCACAAACUUUGUCCCCGGAAAUAAAAUGGCUUCUUCAACAAUGGCUCUCUCUUCACCAUCAUUGGUUGGGAAGGCAAUCAAGCUUUCCUCCUCCACACCAGCCCUUGGCAUGGGAAGAGUGACCAUGAGAAAAACAACCACCAAGAAGACGGUUCCUUCUGGAAGCCCGUGGUACGGUCCAGACCGUGUUAAGUACUUGGGUCCAUUCUCUGGUGAAGCUCCAUCCUACCUUACUGGCGAGUUUCCUGGUGACUAUGGUUGGGAUACUGCUGGACUCUCUGCUGACCCAGAGACAUUUGCCAAAAACCGUGAACUUGAGGUCAUCCACAGUAGAUGGGCUAUGUUGGGAGCCUUGGGAUGUGUCUUCCCUGAGCUCUUGUCCCGCAAUGGUGUCAAAUUUGGAGAGGCCGUGUGGUUCAAGGCAGGAUCCCAAAUCUUCAGUGAAGGUGGACUGGACUACUUGGGUAACCCAAGCUUAGUCCAUGCACAAAGUAUCCUUGCUAUCUGGGCCGUCCAAGUUAUCUUAAUGGGAGCUGUUGAGGGUUACCGUAUUGCUGGCGGACCUCUUGGUGAAAUUGUCGACCCACUCUACCCCGGAGGCAGCUUUGAUCCAUUAGGCCUAGCUGACGACCCUGAGGCUUUUGCGGAAUUGAAGGUGAAAGAACUCAAGAAUGGUAGGUUAGCUAUGUUCUCUAUGUUUGGUUUCUUCGUUCAAGCUAUUGUAACCGGAAAAGGACCUAUAGAGAAUCUUGCUGACCACCUUGCUGACCCGGUAAACAACAACGCCUGGGCCUUUGCCACAAACUUUGCUCCUGGAAAGUGAGCUAAAAGUAUACCAAAACAAUGUUAAGUGACUGGCUUGCAUAUCAGACUGUGAAUUUCUUGUUAAUUAAUUUAGUGAAAUAUUUGGUGCAUUUAGAUCUUUACUCAACUUUGUACCAUUUAAGAGAGUGAAAUACAAAUGACAUUGUUCCAAUGCAA